GCGACGGAGAAAGCGCGAAUUGACGUUACUGGCGCAGUUUAAGCUCUGAAAUCGAGCGUACGCCCCCCUCGCCCUUUCCCUUCAUACAUUCACUUCUCUCUCUUUUCUCUCUCGCGCGCGCACUGCACAAAUUUUCUCCUGGCAGUUGGCACCUCUGGGCUUACGAUAGCACAUUCCCUCCCGACGUCAGCACGGACCUUGGACGUUGAAUCUCGACCGCCUUUUUUCUUCCCAUUCGCGUGCCCUCCUUUUCCGCAUCUGUCAGCUCGCUCUCUCUCUCUCUCUGAUUUGAAAAGAAAAAAAAGAAAACCGAAAUUCCCUAAAAUCUCUCUUCCUCCUGUGAGCCUUUCGUUUUACUGCUUAGAAGAUUUUCUUCUUCUUACUCUAGCUAGGGAUUUCUUUCUCUUUCUAGGGUUUUAACCAGCAAGGCAGCAACAAUUUCGUUUUGAAUCCUGUCCUGUUCCAACUUAUCUGAUUUUGCACAAUUUUUGGAGAUGCGUCGAAGAGGAAGUUUAGUGUUGCUUACUUAGUUACAUAUACAUUAUGAAGAACCCGAGUCCAAGGCAAUGGGCAGUGAUGUUUGCUCCUGGAAAUGAAGGAGAGGCAACGCUGGAGGGCUGAAGAAGACGCUAUAUUACGUGCCUAUGUGAAGCAGUAUGGCCCAAGGGAAUGGAACCUCGUAUCCCAGCGCAUGAAUACACCCCUUGAUAGGGAUGCAAAAUCCUGUUUAGAAAGGUGGAAGAACUACCUCAAGCCUGGCAUCAAGAAGGGAUCCCUCACCGAGGAGGAACAGCGUCUUGUCAUUCAUCUCCAGGCAAAGCACGGAAAUAAGUGGAAGAAGAUUGCCGCUGAGGUUCCUGGCCGUACUGCUAAGAGGCUAGGCAAGUGGUGGGAAGUAUUCAAGGAGAAGCAGCAGAGGGAGCAAAAGGAGAGCACCAAGGUCCUUGAUCCUAUAGAAGAAGGAAAGUACGACCGCAUUCUUGAGACUUUUGCAGAGAAGCUGGUAAAAGAACGUUCUGCACCAUUCCUCAUGGCCACCUCCAAUGGAGCCUUCCUUCACUCUGAUCAGCCUGCACCUCCACCAACCUUGCUUCCCCCAUGGCUUUCCAGUUCCAAUGGCACACCUACAGUGAGGCCACCCUCCCCUUCUGUUACCCUAACCCUGUCACCCUCAACUGUUACACCAGCUCCUGCCAUCCCAUGGUUACAACCUGAAAGAGGAGGGGAUGGCACUCCCCUUGUCUUGGGCGGUUUGCAGCAACAUGGGGCAGUUCCUGGAGGUGGUGAUGGUGCAAUUGUCUCUGAGCUUGUAGAAUGCUGCAGGGAGUUGGAGGAGGGGCACAGGGCUUGGGCAGCACAUAAGAAGGAAGCAGCCUGGAGGCUUAAAAGGGUGGAGCUGCAGCUAGAGUCUGAAAAAGCAUGUCGAAGGAGGGAAAAGAUGGAGGAGAUAGAAUCAAAGGUAAGGGCCCUUAGGGAGGAACAGAAGGCGACUCUGGAGAGGAUUGAAGCAGAAUACAGAGAACAGUUGGCGAGUCUGAGGAGGGACGCUGAAGCGAAGGAACAAAAAUUGGCAGAGCAGUGGGCUUCAAAGCACAUGAGGCUCACGAAGUUUCUUGAGCAGAUAGGCUGUCGACCUAGGGCCACUGAGCCUAAUGGCCGCUGAAUCGGACCACAAUCUAUGAUUUGGGGAGAUGGACAAUGAUGGUUCUGUUGGUUACUUGCAUCCAUCGAGCUCUUGUUCGUCUUUUAAGAACUUAUUUUUCCGACAUUUACACCUCCCCUAUCUUCAUCUGCCGAUCUUGUGUGCAUUCUUCCCCAAAGCUUUUGCUGUAUUGGGUUCUGCUUCAAAAGGGAUCACUUUGAACUUGCGCCACAUAUAUUGUAUUUAUAUAUCAUCUUUCAGUGACUCGUUACCGAAGCCAUGAUAUAGCCGAAGAGCAGUUUGACCCGUUUUAGUAAAACCGUUUAUUGAUGCUUCUCUGUCUGCAUCCACGCGCCAUACUUUUUUUUUGUGAAAGUACUAUUGUUUUUUAAUUUUUUUGAUAAAAACAUGAAAGUACUAUUGUUACUCUUUAGGUUAGAGUAACAAUAAUACAAGAAUUUUCGAUGAAUGCACCUCUUUUUUUAUGUUG